AAACAAAACAGAACACAAAAAUGUCUGCUGCCCGUGUAUUGAAUCCCAUGAUCUGCAAAAUCUCCAGCAGUCCAGUGGCUAUGCGUAGCAAUGUGACAUGUGGACGCCAGUUGAAUCGCAUUAAAAGGGAUCUCUUUGGCCCUGCCAAUCCCGUUGAAACCACAAAAAUCUUCAACGAGGAAUUGGAAAAAAGCCAAGAAAGAGCAUCCCGUAAAUGGGGUUUCGACUUCCGCAAUGGUUCACCCUUGUCCGCCAAUUCACAAUACAUUUGGGAACGUGUCUCCACCCAAGAGAAUCAAAAUGCUCCUGAAAUGUUCACCUUGACACGUGCCGCUCAUGUCCGCCCAACCCCUGCACCCAAAUCACAAAUGGAAAUGUUAAUGGAUGAGCGUGCCGAACGUGAAAAUCAACUGAAUUUGUCACAGUCUUCGAUGACCACAGAUACCGACUCCUGCGAUGAUAGCCAAGAUGAAUCCAUGGUUGAAUUCAAAGUCCCUGCUGGACCCAAUAACGCGGAGACCAGUGUCUUUGUGCCACGCAAAACACAUUUACGCAAGAGACAACCUAAAAUUACAGAAUACAUGAAGGAACGCAAACGUUUGGCCCAGACCCCCAAGAAAGUAUCCCCCGCCAAGCGUAUGCGCACCAGCUCCGGCUCCUCAUCAGCGGUCAGUCAUGCUGUCAAUGCCAAUAGCAUAGCAGCGCAUUUCUCGCUAAGAACACGCCAGCAUUAA